UUUACAGGAGCGUGUGGAAGCGUAGUAAUCCGCCGGACUAAAGUGCUUUUAACCAUCAACUCUGACCUGUGACGUUUUUAUUUAGCGUUUCCCCAGAAAAGGAGCACGUGCAUUUUGUAAGAUGGCACGGGGAAGAGGUCGAGGACUUGCUUUCUUAGACUUCAAUGAAAAUGACCAAGUUACCAAACAUUCAAUUCCGCCUCCUUCGUCUGGCCAAUUUAAUGAUGAGUGUUGGGAUGAUGACUAUUCUGUAAAUAACAAUGUCACCAAUGGUAACUGUGAUAACAGCAGCCCUUUGUCAAAUGCUACCUUUUACAAUAAUGUCGCAAUGAAUAGUCACUCUGAUUCAGUACCAAAAAAGUUUUGGAGGCCAGACCAACAGAGAAAGCAGCCUGGUUGUAGAGGCUUCAGAAACCUGAAUGCUGGGAGGAGGAGAGACUCACCUAGUCCAUCAAUCAAUAAUUCAGAGGAAGAUUGGAACUCUGAUGCUGAACAAGAAAACAAAUACCAUAGUCGAAAAGAGUUCAAGUUCAGUUCUGGAAGAGACCAAGGUGACAGUAAUCAAAGUAGACCAGGUAAUGGUGCUCGCUACAAGUCUGGGAAUGCUGGUUGUAAUGUAAGGAAUGCAUCUCGAUUUAAUGUCAGUUCAUGUAAAGGUUCAGAUGCAUUUGAUAAAGUGCCUGACCAUAUGACAUUAGGAGAUGCUCAAGGUGGUGAAGCUCCAUACAUCCCACCUCCACCACCAGAAGAUGAGAGUGCAAUCUUUCAGUCCAUUCCAACGGGUAUCAAUUUUGCUAAGUAUGAUGAUAUUCCAGUCGAAAUUUCUGGGCGAGCUGCUCCAAACGGUUUGGUUGAUUUUGAAGAAGCCCAAUUCCAGCAAAAGAUAAUGGAAAACAUUUAUCGUGCCAAAUUUGAGAAACCAACUCCGAUCCAGAAAAAUGCCAUUCCAAUUAUACAAGCUGGUCGUGAUCUAAUGGCCUGUGCCCAGACUGGCUCCGGUAAAACAGCUGCUUUCCUAUUACCAGUAUUAACAUUGUUAUUACAAAGAGGUGUAAAAAGAUGUGAACAAAAUCUUCCACAAUACCCUGAAAUUUUGAUUGUUGCCCCUACUCGUGAACUUGCUGUGCAGAUAUUUAUGGACACUCGCAAAUUUGCCUAUGGGACAAGCAUACGAUCUGCUGUUGUCUAUGGUGGUACAUCAGUUUCAAGCCAGAUAAAAAAUAUUUCUUUUGGAGUUCAUGUGUUAGUUGGAACUCCAGGUCGUCUACUUGAUUUUAUUCAUAAAAAUACAGUGAAUAUAUCUCAAGUGAAACAUUUCAUACUGGAUGAAGCAGAUAGAAUGUUAGAUAUGGGAUUUGAGCCAGAUAUAAGGAGGUUAGUGGAUGAUCAUGGAAUGCCAGCAAAAACCCAAAGACAGACAUUGAUGUUCAGUGCUACAUUUCCAGACAAAAUUCAAGAAUUAGCUGCUGAUUUUCUUAACGAUUAUUUGUUUCUCACUAUUGGCUUGGUGGGUGGUGCAUGUUCUGAUGUGGAACAGAUUCUCUUAAAAGUAUCAAGGCAGGAAAAAAGAGAGAAAUUGUGCAGUUUUUUAGAUGAAUUUGGUUCAGAUAAAACCCUAGUCUUUGUGGAACAAAAGAGGAAUGCAGACUUUUUAGCUUCCUACCUCUCACAAAAUGAUUACAAAACAACAAGUAUUCAUGGAGACCGUCUUCAACGAGAAAGAGAAGAAGCCUUACAAGAUUUCAAGACAGGUAGAAUACCAGUGUUAAUUGCAACUUCAGUGGCAGCUCGAGGACUUGAUAUUCCUAAUGUCAGCCAAGUUGUAAACUAUGACCUUCCCAGCUCUGUUGAUGAAUAUGUCCACCGCAUUGGCAGAACUGGUCGGUGUGGUAAUACAGGUCGUGCCAUCAGCUUUUAUUCCUCUGAUUCAGACUCGUGUCUGGCAAAAGCAUUGACAAAGAUAUUGAGUGAUGCUCAACAAAAUGUCCCUGUUUGGUUAGAAGAAGAAGCAAAAAUGGUAGGCCUUUCAAAUGGCACAUACAGUAGUGGACGCUUUGGUGGCCGGGAUCGAAGAAGAAUUAGGAGCUGUGCACCAGAAAUGGUUAAUGAUGGUUGUGGUUGGCAACCUAUAAGCAGUGGAGCACCCCCAAGACAAGCAAUUGAAGAGGAAGAGCUGUGGGAAUAAUUGCUUUCCAACUGUGAUAAAGUCAUUCCAUACCAAAAGUUUUCUAUUUUUUCAUUCAAAGACUAUUUUCAAUUGAUACUGUUGGGUGUUGAUCUUUUUUUUUUUUUUUUUUUUUUUUUUCAAUUGUGGAGAAAACAAAGAUCUUGUUAAAUAGUUUUAUGUUUUUUAUAAUUGCUUAUUUACUUUAAAUAAACUUGAUUUUUGAGUUAAAA